UUAACAUCAUUUUUUUUCCUUUUUUCAUGUAAUUCUUCACCAUCGACGUCUCCUUCGAUCACUCUUCACUCAUUCUGUUCCUUUCUUUCCCCCCUUUGAUUUCCAUUGGUUUCCUGCUGUCAAAAUCUGCCCACAUUGUUCUUUUGAUGCUGCGAAGGCGGUAGUGCUCCAAAUCUCAGGAAAGCAUUGUGGAGGAUUUUACUUGGCCUUUUUUUUUCUCUUGCCAGUCCUUUGGUGUUGUUGCUCUUAUGCCAUUGUUGUGAUUUUUAGGCUUUUUGUUUAAAUAAAGAAAAAAUUCAUUCAAUCUUUGCCAACUAUUUGUUUUCACUUUCUUGGUUGAAAUUUGCGCAAGAAGAAUGGAGGAAGAUGGAAGAGUUUGAAGGCAUUACAGCCCUUGCCCAACUGCACUUGAAUGGAAGUGAGGGUCAGACCUUGAAGGAACUCAUUAUUCUGAAAUGGUGUUUGCCGUUUGAUCAAAGACUAAAGCAAAGGGUCGGUAUUUUAAUUUUUUGAGCCAGUGAAGUUUUGGUACAUUUAUUUGGUGGAAGCUUUGGAUAGAACAUGAUAAACACAAACCGGGGCCGGUUGUUGCGCUCUUUAUGGUUGUGGGCACUUGAUUAGAAGUUGGAAAGAUAGGCCACAAAGAUAAGAAACUCAUUAUCCUGAAAGAAUCCACUUAAUGGCACAAAAGGAAUCAUGUCGUUCGCCAUUAAGCAAAUGCUAAUGAGCAAAAGAUAAAUUGCAGCCAUGGAUAAAAUGGGGAAUGUUGUUUUGGAUCUCGAAAACCCUACACAACCCUCUGAUAAAUGCUGUUCCGGAAGUCCAAAGAUGACUAGAGUUCUCUCUCGAAAAUUUUCGUGUCGUAUGGAGAGACAGAAUGGUGAAGAGCAAGAAGCCGAUGAAACAAUCAAGAAGCUUGUGGUUAAUGUGGUGCCUUCCCAGCUCGAGCUGUUGAAACAGCCAUCAAUGCUGAACAAAGGUAUGACUCCAUUGAACAGCCCUUGCCUGCCCGAAGCCGGAGACGGCAGACACAGGAGAUUUAAUCGCUUCACAAUCCAUCCGAACAAAAUCCUACUCUUCUUGGCUACUGUAUCAAGCAUGGGAACGAUGAUUCUCAUAUAUUUCACUCUCGCGAUUUAUUUAAGAGGCGAAGAGUAGAUGUUUUUGAUGUUCUUGUUCAAUUGGAAGUGAUCGCAGGGGAGAAAUGAAGCAGGGAUACGACUUUUAAUUCACUGAUUUCAUUCUCUUCUUUUUUGGUGGAUAAAUUUCAUUCAUUGAGACAGCCUCAGUUUUGAUUUUUUCUGCUUGGAAUGUUGAAUGUGAUUGAUGUUUUUUGC